GGCCUAACUUAGCCCUGGCGAUGGCGGCCGUCAUGGCGGCGCUGUGGGUGGGUGCAGCGGGCCCAUGAGGCGCCCUCAGUCUUCACCCGGACGCUCCCGGCUCUUGGCAGCGAAGGCGGCUGUCCCGCGCGCGUCGUCCCCGGGGCCAUGGCGGGCGUCUUCGACAUCGACCUCGACCAGCCCGAAGAGGCGGCCUCGGACGAGGAGCUGGAGGAAGGGGGUCACUUAAGCGAAAGUAUGGAUCAUGGAGGAGUCGGCCCAUAUGACCUUGGCAUGGAGCAUUGUGAGAAAUUCGAGAUUUCGGAAACGAGCGUAAACCGAGGUCCUGAGAAGAUCCGGCCAGAGUGCUUUGAGCUGCUCCGUGUACUUGGCAAAGGGGGCUAUGGAAAGGUUUUCCAAGUUCGCAAAGUAACGGGGGCAAACACGAGCAAUAUUUUUGCCAUGAAGGUGCUGAAAAAGGCGAUGAUUGUGAGGAACGCAAAAGACACCGCUCACACCAAAGCCGAGCGGAAUAUCUUGGAGGAGGUCAAGCAUCCGUUUAUCGUCGACUUGAUUUAUGCCUUUCAGACUGGCGGGAAACUCUACCUCAUCCUCGAGUAUCUCAGCGGAGGAGAACUCUUCAUGCAGUUGGAACGAGAGGGGAUAUUUAUGGAAGACACCGCUUGUUUCUACUUGGCUGAAAUUUCGAUGGCUUUGGGACACCUGCAUCAGAAAGGCAUCAUCUACCGUGACUUAAAGCCAGAAAACAUCAUGCUGAAUCACCAAGGUCACGUUAAACUGACUGAUUUUGGACUGUGUAAAGAAUCUAUUCAUGAUGGAACAGUCACACAUACGUUCUGUGGAACAAUAGAAUACAUGGCCCCUGAAAUUCUGAUGAGGAGUGGGCACAACCGUGCCGUGGACUGGUGGAGUUUGGGGGCACUAAUGUAUGACAUGCUGACUGGAGCACCCCCUUUUACUGGGGAGAACCGAAAGAAAACAAUCGAUAAAAUUCUCAAGUGUAAACUCAAUUUGCCUCCCUACCUCACACAAGAAGCCAGAGAUCUGCUUAAAAAGCUGCUAAAGAGAAAUGCUGCCUCUCGUCUAGGAGCUGGUCCUGGAGACGCUGGAGAAGUUCAGGGUCAUCCAUUCUUCAGACACAUCAGUUGGGAAGAACUGCUAGCUCGGAAGGUGGAGCCACCUUUUAAACCCUUAUUGCAAUCCGAAGAAGACGUGAGCCAAUUUGAUGCAAAAUUUACACGUCAGACUCCUGUCGAUAGCCCGGAUGACUCGACCCUCAGCGAAAGUGCCAACCAAGUUUUCUUGGGUUUCACGUAUGUGGCUCCCUCCGUACUUGAAAGUGUAAAAGAGAAGUUUUCCUUUGAACCAAAAAUCCGGUCACCGCGCAGAUUCAUUGGCAGUCCUCGGACCCCCAUCAGCCCUGUCAAAUUCUCUCCGGGCGACUUUUGGGGACGAGGCGGUUCUUCCGGCGUGGCCAAUCCUCAGCCGCCCGUGGACUACCCGAUGGAGACGGGUGGGAUCGAACAGAUGGAUGUAACAGUCUGCGGAGAAGCCUCAGCUCCGCUUCCGAUCCGGCAGCCCAACACGGGGCCGUACAAAAAACAGGCCUUCCCCAUCAUUUCCAAACGACCAGAGCACUUGCGCAUGAACCUAUGACAUCACCGAUCGCAGUCCUUUCCCCGAAACCCGGCUUGAGCGACGGCAGAAGAGAAGGACAGCUCUUUGCAAGGGCAACCGUGCCUCACCGCCCACCCUCCUGCCAAAAGACGAGACCUCGCGUGGCUCCCCCACCCCCCUUUCUCAGUGAUGGUAUCAAGUUAGUCAUUGCACAGAAUAACGGAAAAAGAAGAAUGAAAAAAAUGGAUUCCCCUUCCUUCCAUCCUUCCCUCCCUCCUCCUUUCUCUUUCUCCCCACCUCCUCACUCCCUCCUUUGAAUCAAUGGUGCAUAAAGACAGGACGUGAGCCAAAAAAAAAAAAUGGUAUUACACAACUUAGGCACAGCAGCUAACCGAUACGCAGCGUGGUAUCUUUCCCGCUCUAUCAAGAUUUUUUUCCCCCCAAGUCAAAUCGCUUGAAGCUAACAGGGUGGAGAUUCUGGCUCAUCCUGCAUGGUUGUGCCCCCAAAGAAAGUCCAUGCCCCCGGGGCAAAUGUGCAGAACGCCAGCCUGGCCCUUUCCUGCCUGAGGAAUUAAUCCCACCCAAAGUUCCUUCAGGUGGCUUCCUGCAGUUUUAAGGAACGAUCAGAGGUCCGAGGCUUAACUCCAACCAUUAGGAUUCCACGUGCAAAAACAAUCUAAACGAAUCUUUUUUUAAAAAAGAAAAUUAUAUAUAGAUAUAUAUAUACAUAUAUAUAAAUCUCUAUAUUUUUCAACUAGUUUCCCCGCCCCCACUCCUCUCCCUUUCAGAAGGGGCUCAUUAUGAAAAGUCUCCCGCAGUUGGAACAUUACGGAAUGAUUGAUUUCCCACAGCAAAGAGAGAGAGAACAAGCUAGCAAGACUUAACAUUUCUUAUUAUAUUUGAAAUAAUGCUUUUGUAAAAAAAAAAAAAAGAUAAUAAUAAUAAAUCACUGUUAAUUACGUUGCCAAGAUUGAUAGGGUAAGAAUUUUACCCUCUUCAUCUGGAUUAAAUGCUUUUUCCCCCCUUCCCCCACCCCCCCUUUUUUUUUUUUGGUCUUGUUUCGUUUUAAAAAGGAUCCCCUCAGGCUGUUGGCUGCGCUAAAACCAUGGCUAGUGUGCGGACGUCCCGUGUUUUAAUCCGAGGUCUUUGUGACGUUUUUCCCUGCUCCCCCUCCCCCCUUUCCAAGCUCAAGUUUUGCCCUGCUGGCCUGGAGUUCUGUGGGUGUAUUGAAUUCCAGGUGUCUUAUCUUAUAGUCUCAUCAUCCUGAACAAAAAUCUGGCUAUCGGGAACUUCGUCUCUUUUUUUAUGCUGGUUAUAUAGUUUGCUCAAGACCCUGGCACGUGCCAAGGAGGGCUUAAACCUAUCGCAAAAGGGGCACAAACUUUAGCAGAUGGCUAUCAUUCUUUUUUUUUAAAAUAAAAAAUAAAAACCUGCACAUUUCUAUUGGUGUUGCAGCCGAUUGGUAAUGCUCAGAAAAGAUGGCUUUUACCCCGUAAUUGUUCUGUGGCUCAUCGGUGAUGGACGACUGUAUAACUUCUCUAUUGGGGCAAGCCCAUCCUUUGAUUGUAUUGAGGGGAUAAAAGGGGAAAAGGAAAAAGAAAAACACACAAGUAUUACGAUGGCCUUCGACGAAUGUCUUCCAGAGAACUUUUUGCAAUUUAAUUUUUAGGAAACGUUCAGAAGAAUUCGCUAUUUAUGUUUCUGUGAGUGUUGUUGAAGAAGAAGAAAGAAAAGAAAGAAAAAAGAAAGAAAACCUGUACACAAAUGACUAUAUCGUCACAGGUACAAAGAAUUAAAUAAAGGUAACUUUACCUUAACUUAAAUACUUCCUGCCUUAAAGAAAGCAUUUCCAUGGCUACAGCUGGUGAAAGGGUGAAUUGUGGUCCACAGAGCUUUACUCGAGGGUCGAGUGUGGGUGAGUGUGAAUUGUUGGGACAGGGUGGGCAUCCUUUUGCUUGGUUCCCCCCCCCCUUUGUUACACCUGAUCAGUCUGCAAUCGUGGCUACUUAGAGGGUUUUUGUGAUGCUCUGUUGUGCUUCUCUCCUUGAGCCAUAGGAUCUGAGCCAUAAUUAUAUUUUUAUUUCAAUCUAGCCAGAACCUCUUCUGUGGAUUUUUCUCGCCAACUGGACUUUCGCACCUCGGAUCCAAGCCGUUCGAGAAGGCAGGGGUGGGGGCUCACCUCUGUUGAGUGUAGAGCUGUCUACCUUGGCUUCCCCCUCCAGGUGCAAAAUUAAAAAGACACAAUCCUGGAAAACGAAAGACCCACUGAAAAGGGGGCGGUGAUUCUCCUUUAGGUAGAAUUCAGGUUCUAGAACAGGGUCUCCAACCUUGGCAACUUUAAGACUUGUGGACUUCAACUCCCAACUUUGCUGGCUGAGGAAUUCUGGGAGUUGAAGUCCAGAAGUCUUAAAGUUGCCAAGAUUGGAGAUCCCUAUUCUAGAACAAGGAUCUCUCCAGACUUGGCCACUUUAAGACAUAGGGACUUCACCUCUCAGAAUUCCCCAGCCAUCCUGACUGGCUGGUGAAUUCUGGGACUUGAAGUCCACAAGCCUUAAAAGUGGCCAAGUCUGGAGACACCCCUCCCAACCACCACCCCAUCUUAAAGUCUGCUGGCUGGGGAAUUCUGGGAAUUGAAGUCCACAUGUCUUUUAAAGUGACCAAGCUUGGGGACUCCUUUUCUAGAACAUGAGAUUUAAUUCCUGUGGACCAGCAAAUCUAAAUUUUGCAUGAGCCACUCCAAAAUGAGACCCUUUCCCCAUGCCCCCAAGCAUCAAUCAAUGUCAUGUGAAUAGCGAGACACUUCUGGAUGAGGGUAGGAUCUGGGUGUGAGCUGUUGCUGUACCACGGGCACCUGCUUCGGGAUUUAGUGUACGGUGUCAUAUCCACUAACUAAUCACGGCAUUGUUUCCUUUUUCAGAGGAAUAGUAGCACAAUUGAGGAAGAGUCUGAAAGGGGAGGGGAGGGGAGGGAGACUCCGGUUUGUGGUCCUCAAGUCACACGAAGACCGCCAUUGUCUGAGCGAGGCUCUUGACAGGCCCAGGAAAAAGGGGCUUGCUUAUUUUCUCCUGUGUCAUUUGGAAAACCCAGCUGUUAGCCAGCCCUGUGGCUCUAGAAAACAGCUUUUCCCAAUCUUGCUCAUUUCCAGGUGUGUGAACUUCAACUCCCAGAAUUCCACAGCCAGCCGAGAAGAAUUCUCGGGGUGGAAAGUCCAUAUAUACCUGGAAAUAGCCGAGCCUUCCAAAGGCAUCCAGUGGGACAGGUAGAACUUUUUUCCUUGUCUGAACCAUGAAAAAGGUAGCCCUUCCUAUGGAGGCGUGCACGCGCGCACCCCCCCCCCCCGUGAAAACUGGAUUUGGAGCCGUGCAAGAUGCUCACCUUUCGGUGUUUGGCGGGUUCCUUCUCUGUGGCUGGCUACAAUCAUCUUGCUUAUGUUGUGUGCUCUAGCUUAAGUAGACCUCUCUCUUAGCUGAGGGAUUAGCAGAGAAAAACCUAGCAGUGUGUUUGAUGGAAUUGUGUCAUUGACUAGCCAACUUUGUGCAACUUUUAAGAUCAGUGGACUUCAAUUCCCAGAAUUCCGGGAAUUGAAGUCCACCAAUCUUUAAAAGUUGCCAAAGUUGGGAAAGAUAGAUAUUUCACGUGCCCCUUUUGGUCUUUUUAAACUGUGAAAAACUUUUGGAAUUGCGAUUUGGGACAGUUAAGUGCACACACUAUGCAAUUUGGGUGGUCUUGUAUUUAUUUGUAUAAAGACCUGGAUUCCUGCCCUUCUUGUAGAUAAUAGCUAUUGUGUCAACUUCAUGAAAAAACCCGCAACCAUCUAUGGAAAUGUCUAUUGGAGAAAUUAAGUGCUUUCUUUAACAAUGUCUUAAGAAAACAAAAAGAGGUUUCCAUUGGGGUAUAGUAAUUAAGAUUUAUUUUAUACAAUCUGUGCUUUUUUAAUUAUAAUCUUGGGGUUUUUUGCUAUCGUUUGAUUUUUUUAUAGAUUUUUGUAUCCUUAUAUAAAGAAGAAAUAACUGGGGUUAAUACCUGCUGAAGCUAACAACACAUAUAUAUAUAUAUAUAUAUAAAGUAUUAAAUAUUGAUGACUUGAACCAUGUUUUCAUUCGGCUAAGAAUCAAUGCUGAUUGUAUACUAGCGUUUGCUUUGAGGAAAUAAUAAGAAAUCAUUCGAAGGGUUGGCUUGCCUGACAUGUUAGGGGGCAGAGCAGAAGAAGCGAGGAAUUGGAUCGCUUGGUUGUCCAUCUGUGGGCAUGGAUGCUUCUGGCGUGCCAAGUUGGUUUUGCUGCCAUCAGCUGUUAAGCUUCCUGCAGGCAUUGUGGGUCCCAGUUUCCCUUUGUGUUCUAACCAAGUUAAGACGAACAUGUUCAAGUCUGUAGUGUUAAUCUUGUUCCUGUGAUCCUGGGAGAAAGUAUCCAUGUGUUAAGAGUAGGGGGUCCCCAAUCCCCUGCGCCUGGGCCCGGUAACUUGGUCACGGCCUGUUCAGGAUGGGCUGCACAAGUGGCAGACAGUUCCGUGUAUGCAAGCGGCAGGCACUUGCACAAACGGAACGUCACGCACGCAUGUGAGUGCCAGCCGCUAGCAGACAUGGAGGUGCAGUUGCGCGAGCCUGCUACUUUCAUAGGACCAUUUCUUCUCCUGCCAGUCCGCCAAGCUGGUAAGGUUGGAGACCACUGUGUUAGAGGAAUGGUUGGGGGGCGACCACCAUCACUGCCCUGGAAGCUCUGUAGAUUAGGGGUCCCACAACCUUGGCAACUUUAAGCCUGGAGGACUUUCAACUCCCAGAAUACCCCAGCCAGCAAAGCUGGCUGGGGAAUUCUGGGAGUUGAAGUCUACCAGGCUUAAAGUUGCCAAGGUUGGGGACCCCUGCUGUAGAUGACCCCUGCUGUAGAUGCUCUAUCCUCAGGGAGGAUAGAGGUGAACUCCUUCCCCAGCCUGAGGCCACCUGCCCUGAUCUGGUUUACCCAGGAAGACUGCAGAAGCCUGUUCUUACGAUCCAAGGGACAGGAUGUCACAGGACUGGCCUCCCAAGCAGCCAGAAGUAGACUAGUGAGGGGUCUGUGGGUGUCUACUGCUUUCCCUACCAUGUUGGCCCAAGGUGUGCUUACGUUUUGUUUUGGAUAAUCUAGGACAGUGGUGGCGAACCUUUUCGGCACCGAGCGCCCAAACUGGAAUGUGGGCAGGCACGCCAGAGCUCAGACACCUGAAGACCAUCUGGCUGGUACGUGCCGGCCACCUGGUCUUGGGUUUCCGGCGCUCACAUACACACUGGCCAGAUGGUCUUUGUGUGCACUGGAACCCCAAAGACCAGGUGGCCGGCACGCACCAGCCAGAUGGGUUUCCGGGUUUCUGGCGCUCCGGUACAUGCGCAGACCAGCAGGCCGGCACGCUUGUGGGCGCCGGAAACCAGAAAAGCAGCUGGUGAUGGCACACAUGACCACAGAGAGGGCUUUGCAUGCCACAUCUGGCACACGUGUCAUAGGUUCACCAUCACGGAUCUAGGGACUGUUGGGGUCCCUUGGUGCUCUCCGAGCUUGGCGAUUUUCUUGCAGACGUUUCAUGACCAAACUAGGUGACCGCAUCAGUGCAAAAACCCAACUCCCCUUCUUUCGCUGAUGAGAUUACCUAGCUGGGUCAUGAAACGUCUGCAAGAAAACCGCCAAGCUCGGAGAGCACCUAGGGACUCCGCGGUCCAGCCCUGAGCUACAAAUAUUCUCUUCUGCUGGCAACCUAGGACUGCUGUGUAUGCAGGUCGGAAGGGCAGCAGCUGCGUGUAAAACUGUAGUUCAGAUUUGUGUUUUCUCUGUCCUUUCUGGCUGUAAGGUGCAAGUUUGUCUAGCCACACCAGCCAUCUGGAAGGAAGAGCCAAGGCUUGUUAAACACCCCCCCCCCCAUUGAAAUAGAAGCUGUGUACUGGAUGUGUUGAUGACAAAAAUGCGAGUGCGGCUUUCACUGUCUAAGCAAUGAAAGGAUGGACUUUUUAAGCUUUUCGGAAGGAUGAAACGAUGCAGGGUUCAUUUUAGCUUAUCUUACCCGGUGUAUCUUCAGUAAUUAAAAUGUCUGCACCCUGGUACAUUUAAAGGAAGGGAGGAGGGGAUGGGAAGAGCUCAACAAAGUGAUGCACAAUGACAACUUUUCACCUUGUACCCUUUUUAAAAACCAUAUGUUCUUUCUGCAACACUUUAGCUGGCUGUGUUAACCAUCCAUUACGAAUCCGACUACAGCUGCCUUACAAGGAAUGGUAUGAGGGUUCUUACCUCAUUCUGUACUAUUUACUGUAAUAAAAUAUACUUGAUUUCAAAACAGAUGGGUGUAAAUAGCAAUUAAAUGCAACUUUGGACAAAUGA